AUGUCCAAGAUAUUCACUGCUGAAGAAGUGGCCAAGCACAACACAUCCGACAGUUGUUGGGUGGUGCUCUACGGCAAAGUGUACGACGUGACCGAAUUCCUCCCUUCACACCCCGGCGGCUCCAAGAUCAUUGUUAAGCUUUCCGGCAAAGAUGCGACAGACGAGUACGACCCCAUACACCCGCCGGGUAUUCUCGAGGAGAAUCUCAAGCCCGAAGACUGUCUGGGCACGGUAGACCCUGAGUCAUUGGCGCUGCUACAACCUCAGCCUGCGAAAGCAGAAUCCGAGAAACCCAAGGAGGGCCCGCCCAGGCUCGAGACGCUGCUCAACCUCGACGAGAUUGAGGAAGCUGCCACAAAAAUUAUCCCCAAGAAGGCGUGGGCGUACUACUUCUCAGCCGCCGACGACCUUUGGACCAAGAGCAACAAUGGUCGCGCAUACAGGCAGAUUCUUCUGCGGCCUCGCGUCUUUGUCGACUGUACACAAGUUGACACCUCCACAAGCCUGCUCGGCAACCACGUCGGGCUUCCGUUGUUUGUGGCGCCGGCUGCCAUGGCACGACUUGCCCACCCUGAUGGUGAGCGAGGCAUCGCGAGGGCAGCGGCCAAGUUCAAUGCGAUGCAGUGUGUCUCGAAUAACGCGUCCAUGACCCCGGAGCAGAUCAUUGAGGGUUCCCCUGAGGGUCAAGUGUUUGGAUGGCAGCUCUACGUGCAGAAUGACCGAGCCAAGAGCGAAGCCAUGCUGAAGCGCAUCAACGCUAUGAGGGAUCGCUACAAGUACAUCACCUUGACCUUGGAUGCACCGUGGCCUGGAAAACGUGAGCUCGACGAGAAGCAGCAAUUCGAGGGAUCAUUCGAGGUUGAAUCCGAAUCAAACUCAAAGACCGAUGAGGCGAAGCGGCCAGGCGGCGGAGGUGUCGGACAGCAGCUGUUCUUCGGCACGGCAGCAGACCUGGAGUGGAAGACGACGUUGCCUUGGCUGGCUCAGCACACCGACCUACCCAUCGUGCUGAAGGGUCUGCAGACACAUGAGGACGCCUACCUGGCGGCCCAGUACGCACCGCAGGUGAAGGCCAUCAUUCUGUCCAACCAUGGUGGUCGUGCUCUCGAUACGGCACCACCUGCUGUUCACACGUUGCUGGAGAUCCGCAAGUAUUGCCCCGAGGUCUUUGACAAGAUCGAGGUCUGGGUCGACGGCGGCAUCAAGCGCGGUACCGAUGUUGUCAAGGCUCUCUGCCUGGGUGCGAAGGCGGUGGGCAUUGGCCGCGCUGCUCUCUUCGGUCUCGGUGCCGGAGGUCAGGCAGGUGUCGAGCGGACAUACGAAAUUCUCAAAGCCGAGAUGGAGACAUGCAUGAGGCUGCUCGGAGCAAAGAGCAUCAGCGACCUAGGACCCAAAUUUAUCAACACCCGCGCGGUGGAGAGAGAUAUCUACGACGGCGAGUCUGGGAUCGAGAAUAGGGUUAGCCUGUGGGUGAAGUCGAAGCUCUAG